GAGAACUCUCCGAAUGCUGAUUUAGAAGCCUGCUUCUAUGAUGGAGCUAAAAUCCAAAAAACAGCAGAGUUCAUUCGGAUAAUUGAAAAAUCUGGGAAGUCCCACACGCUGAAACAUGGGAACAGAAUAAGUGGCAUGGGUGAUGAAAUUAAAUAUUACGUGGAUCAUGCCAAUGAGAGCCACCAGGUUUGUCUCUCCUUGGAAUCAGCUGUUAAUGUUGAGGAGAAAAAAGGUGAUGAUCUUUCUUUGUUCCCUGUGACGUUUGGGAGGAGACCAAUAAUUAUAGAUUCUCCAAAGCCCCUUAUAGAGCCAACAUCUACUGGGGAAACAGGAUGCGGACACAAGGAUCAAGACUCCACCAACAAGGUUUUAAGCAGCACAUCCUCUCCCAACCAGAUGCCAAACAUCAAUCCCUCUAUGCUGUCAUAUGAAGGAUCUGUAUUUUCUGCUCAGACUGUCACUACCUCCACUACCACUAAAACCCACACUCCGGAUCCAAGCCAAGUCAUUAAAUCUGUAUUUGUUAAAAACGUGGGAUGGGCAUCUCAGCUAAACACAGGGGCUGUAUGGGUGCAGUUCAACGAUGGCUCUCAGCUUGUAGUCCAGCCAGGAGUUUCUACAAUUAUCUAUACGGACCCAAAUGGACAAGUAACAAGACAUGGAGAAAAUGACAGACUUCCAGACUACAUCAAAAGCAAAUUGCAGUGCCUUUCUUCUAUCCUAAUGCUCUUUGCUAACUCCUCCAGCCAUUCAUGA